AUGUGGAAUUCAAGAGAGAGCAUUGGACAAAGAAUGAAUAAUAGUAAUAAUAUCAAUGGAGCAGCCGGAGGAGGAGAAAGAUGUAUCGCAGUGGCCGUAGACAAAGAUAAAAGUAGUCAAUACGCAUUGAGAUGGGCAUUAGAUCAUGUCGUAACUCGAGACGAAACUUUACGACUCGUUCAUGUUAAAGAACGGAUUCCAUCCCCUCGACCUUUGCCACCAGCGUGUAAAGAGAGUUUGACAAAAGAUCAACAAAUUGAUACCAAUACCAUGGAGCUAUUGCUUCCGUUUCGAUGCUUUUGCCGCCGACGACAAGUACAAUGUGAGACAGUUGUGCUAGAAGAUGUAGAUGUAGCAAAAGCCCUCAUAGAAUAUGUAUGCCAGCAUGGAGUUGACACAUUGUUUCUUGGUUCUACGUCUAGAAAUGGGCUAACUAGGCUUUUCAAGGGGUCAGAUAUUCCGGCAAGUGUACUGAAAUGGGCACCAGAUUUUUGCUCAGUUUAUGUAAUUUCAAAAGGAAAGAUCAACACUGUGAGGACUGCCACUCGUCCAGUUCCAACACUGCCUGCUAAUGCUCACCGUGCAGCAUAUAUCAUUAAUAUUUAUGGGCGUGUGACGUAUUUAACAUAUAAAAAAUUUGACAGAGGAUACGAUAGAUGGUACGAUGAGAUGACUGCAGCAGCGGAUGUCGAUAACCAAAUAAGUUGCUCGGGAAGGCCGAGCACGGAUAGCAAUUUCGUCAAUUUUUAUGAAAAUCUUGGCGGAGGGUGUGAGUCCCCAAGAAAAUCAAAUAUGGAUGGUAGAUUUUUCGAGUCACCAUUUCGAACAAACUCAGUUGAUCAUGUCGAUUCGGAACCAGAGUACAACGAAACAGCGGGCACAAAUGAAAGAACAUCUUGGUCAUCAUUUAACAAUUUGGAUAUAUAUGAAGAUGAAAUGAGAAGGUUGAGGACUGAGCUAAAGCAAACGAUAGACAUGUACCAUGCUGCCUGCAAAGAGGCACUUGUUUCAAAACAAAAGAGUUGUGAACUAGAAGAUCGGAAGAAAAAAGAAGAUAAGAAAUUACAAGAGGAAAAUGAAGUAGAACAUAAUGCAACAACAAUGGAUGAGAAAACAAUUUGCAAUGUUGGAUUUGGGGCAGCAGAAACAGUUCAAAAACUAGUAGAAAUGGAAGUUCAAAAAAGAUUGAAUGCAGAAAUGAAGAGUCUGAAGCAGAAAGAGGAAAAACACAAAGUUUUAGAAUCUUUAAGCCAAUCCCACAUAGUUCUUAAAUACCAAAGCUUAUUUCAUAUGAUUGCUGUUUUACUUUUGGUGGAUCUCGAAAGAUAUGAAAGACCUCCCUCCAAGCCGUACAUACGACUUUCAUCGAAUACGGCUUUCCACAGAAUUCUCUAUGUAUCUAUGAGAUCGAGUAUGGAAUUCUGUUUACUCACUUUAAAUUGA